AUGCAGACAGAGCGAUAUAACAUGCCUAGCUCGGAAGGUAUCGUGCAUGGGCACAUCCACAACUUCAACAACGUCACAUACAUACACGGCCAUGUCCAUGGAUCGCCGAAAUUGCCAGGAAACGGCCUGAAAUGCGGGGACCAGAAUUCUUUGGCUGAGGACUCGAUACGCCAGAAAGAAGAUCUGGCGUGCGAGCUGGGCGAGGCACUGCCAGGCUCGUUGGCGGAGCCCUUGGAGCCGAUGCGCAGCGCGGUACCGAACCAGCCGAUCUCGCCAACGGGAUCGGGCUCAGAGUUCUCGUCAAAGGCUGGAAAUGGCGCCGCGCAGCCGUGCGUGGAGUACGAAGGCUGUCACCAUUUCGAGUUCAUGAACUGCCACAACCUAAACCUUUUCGGUGAAGAAAAGCACAAUGAGUCUUUAGCAGCGACACCUACGGCGCACGACGAGCUGCUGGUGAUGCCCCAGCCGCAAAAACGUCGCAAAGUCCUCGACUGCUCGACAUGCCAGCCUAAUAUCGUAGAGAUUUGCUGCGACGAAGAACACGAGGAGGCCCCUGUGCAAGCCUCCAGCGCUACCUAUGGAUCCAGCGCGGUGGACGCCCUUAAUAUCCCCCGCAACCCUGCGUCGGUAUUGUUCUCGACUCCUCAACCGGGCAACGGAAACGCUGCCCAUAAUAACUUCAAUUACAAUCUCUUCCUUUUUCAAAACAAUAUGGGAACUAGUAGUGCCGAUUUGAUCUCUGCACCAGUGGAUUCAAAAUUGCCUAGUUUCAUAGACUGCAAUUUAACAUGCGCUCCUCCCGAAACAGAAGAAGAUCGCAUUUUCGAAAAAUUAUGCGAGCAGUGCGUGGAUCUGGAUCAAAGCGACUCCUCAUCUCCCGCUGUUCCGCACUCGCAUCCGCACUCGCAUUCGCACUCGCAUUCCCACUCGCAUUCACAUUCGCAUUCGCAUUCGAACCUGCGCCAGGCUACAGAACAGGCAGCCAACAUUCAAUCCCACACCAACCGAUGCCAUGACCACAUUGUUAAUUCCUCAACUGACAUGAAGAUUUUGGAUGACUUGGUCAGCAUCUCGAACAUGUACGAUUUUCCUUUUGGUAAGCAUGUCCAUUCACAUGAGACUCCAAAGAACAAUAACUUUAACCUGUUACAGACUUCCAUACCGGGCAUUAGAUCCAAUGGCCCAGAUGAUCAAUUCGACCAACCAUCACGUCGUCAUCACCAUCACUCGCUCGAAAUACAUCCGCAUCCAGUAAACCACAUUCAACAACCCUCGGAUUUGAAUUACAGUUGUGAGCGAGAUUCGCAAAUGCAAGAUUACAGACACCCAAUGGAGUUUGAAAAGUUACACCACGCACCUCCGCCAGAAAGCAUAACUCCAACCGAUACAAAGACAAACACCGUGAACUUCAAUUGGGUGUUCAAGAAUGACGAAAAUAAAGUAGAAUGUGGCUGGAAUCAAUGCCCCAAUGUAUUUGAUUCGUUACUUGAUUUACAAUCUCAUAUUUUGAAAGAUCAUAUUGUUGAUGGGACCACUGGUGCCACCAAACUACCAACUCCAAGAAAUCUGUACGACUGUGAAUGGGCCAAUUGUGGUUACGAAGGUGAUGACAUGUGUACCCUUAUUAAUCAUAUCAACGGUGAACAUGGUAUCGCAUUUGACAUGAAAUUUCUGGAUCGUGAAAAGCUGAUCGAGCAAAGUGAGCAGCACCAUAUGCUACACUGUACCGAAUGCCUCGAGUCCCCGGACACUUCGUCUCCAAAUAGAACACAAGAAGACUGCGCCAAGAAAUCGGAGCAUGUACAUGACUGUAAAUGGGAUGGAUGUGGGUUGACUUUCAACUCUUGUGGAGAAUUAAACGAACAUAUCGAAACUGCUCACAUACCCCGAGGGAAGUCAUCAUAUGUCUGUGGUUGGGAGAAUUGUGGUAAGGUGAUAACUCAAAGACAGAAAUUAUUGAGACACUUAAGGGUUCAUACCCGUUACAAACCAUGCAAGUGCCCACACUGUGACAAGACGUUUUCGACGCAAGAUAUUUUGCUACAGCAUAUUCGUACACACUCAGGGGAGAAACCAUAUAUAUGUGAACAUUGUAGCAAAGGGUUUGCCACUUCCAGUUCACUUAGGAUUCAUAUCAGAACACACACUGGAGAAAAACCUUUGGAAUGCAAAGUGUGCGGUAAAAGGUUUAACGAAAGCUCAAAUUUGAGUAAGCAUAUGAGAACUCAUGAAAGGAAGUACAAGUGUAAAGGGUGCAAGAGAAGUUUUGAUCUCGCAGAGCAGCUGGAGGCUCACGAAAGCAGGUGUUCGCAUUGCUCAUCAAGUAAAUGA